AAACACGGUUCCAUUCCAGUCCUCCUUAGACUGUCACCUCCUUCUAAAGCACCUGUUGAAGAAGCGUGAUGGCAGGACCCAGGCCAGUAGUUCUGAGUGGCCCCUCUGGAGCAGGGAAGAGCACUCUGCUGAAGAGGCUUAUGAAGGAUUAUGAAGGAGUAUUUGGCUUCAGCGUGUCCCAUACCACAAGGAAUCCCCGUCCUGGUGAAGAAAAUGGCAAAGGCCUGAAUAGCCUCCCAAUGCUACUGGGGGCUACCUUACUGCCUGUGGCAGACGUCCUAUCCUCUGAAUCUUCUGAAGAUUACCACUUUACCACCAGGGAGAAGAUGCAGGAGGGCAUCGAUAAUGGAGACUUCAUUGAGAAUGCUGAAUUCUCAGGGAACAUGUACGGAACAAGUAAGUCUGCUAUUGAGGAUGUCCAGGCGCAGAACCUCAUCUGCAUUCUCGAUGUUGACAUCCAAGGAGUGAAAAACAUCAAGGAGACUGACCUCAACCCCAUCUACAUCUCUAUCCAGCCCCCCUCAAUGGAGAUCCUGGAAAAGCGUCUGAGAGACAGACAGACUGAGACAGAUGACAGUUUAGAGAAGCGUUUGGACGCUGCAAGGACAGACAUGGAGCUCAGUAAGGAACCUGGAUUGUUUGACCUGGUCAUCGUUAAUGAUGACUUAGAGGAAGCAUAUGAAAAGCUGAAAAGUGUUCUUAUGGAGGAGAUACAGAAGGUACAGGAUUCCAAGGAGGAUUCCAAGGAGUAAUCAAUGUUUAUUUAACAUUUGCUUUUCUGGCUCAUGUAGUCACAUAGAUGAUGUUUAAGAUUUUUCUUUUAUAAAAUGUCUUUCUUGGAUAAUGCAUUGGUAUUGGUAAUGAUUGGUAUACAAGUUCUAAUUCUAGGAGGCUAUUUGGGUAUCUAAAACUCUUAUGACCUCCCUCACAUGUUUUACUAAAACAUAUCCCUUCUUACAUUCUGCCUGAUUGAUUUUUGCUUCUUGAUAUAUCAUUAGGCAGAACACCAGAUAAUCCUCUUCCCUCUCUUGGCCCGACUUCAUUAAGAUGCAUCUAAGUGCAGAUAAAUUAACUCGUGCCAAUAUAGGGAGGACAAAACAUUUUACUAAAACAUAUCCCUUCUUACAUUCUGCUGAUUGAUUUUGCUUCUUGAUAUAUCAUUAGGCAGAACACCAGAUAAUCCUCUUCCCUCUCUUGGCCCGACUUCAUUAAGAUGCAUCUAAGUGCAGAUAAAUUAACUCGUGCCAAUAUAGGGAGGACAAAAACAUCCUGUCUACCUAAGAAUAGCAUCA